AUGGAUGAACAUCUUCCAACAUUCUGGCAUCAGAUAAUACACACAAAGGGAUCAUUUGCUUCAACUUUGAACAGCUCUGAUUUUACUGUACAAUCCAACACAAGUUUGGAAAUGGAAAAGAAACCCUUUGAAUAUGACCCAGAAGUUACUGAUUUCACUUUGAUUGUUGAAAAUCAAAAGUUACAUGUAGCAAAAGCUGUCUUAAUCGACGCAUCACCUGUAUUCAGGAAAAUGUUAACAGGAGAAUUUAAGGAGAAAAAUAUGUCAGAGCUAGAACUCCCGGGGAAGAAGUAUUCCAGUUUUGAACUUUUUCUGCGAUGUAUUUUCCCAAAAGAAUAUUAUGAACUAACAGAAUCUCAUAUUGACGAAAUUCUGCCACUUGCCGACGAAUACGAGGUAAAAUGUGUUCUCCAAAAAUGUGAACACUGGUUGCUUACGCAGUUUGAAUUGAAGGAAGCUAACUUGAAGGUUUCUCCACACAACAUGUACCAAAGCGUGGAUAGCAACGUGAGCUUUCUAAUGAAAUGUCUUUAUUAUGGCGAGAGAUAUUCCCUUGUGGAAUUUUAUAAGAAGUGUUCCACAAAGGCUCUUCCGUAUAAACUUCAAAGGUACAAAGAGAAUGAGCACUAUCAAAUGCUGCCCGAAAGCCGUAAACGCCAGUUGGUAGAAGACCGACUCUUGGAAAUUGAGAGAAGAGCGAAAAAGUCCAGACAAAGUUCGGGGUUUUCAACUGAGUUGCAUGAAUGUUCAUCGAGUCUAUUUUUGUGAUAACUCAAAUACAAUACCAAGAGUUUCUACCUUAAUUCUUUAAUUUUUUAAAGAAUUUUUGAAAAUAUGGUAAUGUUGAGUAAAAAAGGUUUUGGACCCUCCACUUUGGAGAGGCAAGGACUGUUGCCUGUUGUGUUAAUUUCUACUAUAGACCUGUUUGACCAUUCUGUUUUGUUCUCAAGGACAUAUUUGAGCAAUGUCUUCAACUUUAUUGCUUGGUCCUGUCUAAACUCACUUUCACAGAAAGAUCCUCUGUUCUGAUAAACGACUGCCCCUAUGCUCAUUCUUUAAUUAGAGGAGAAGGGGUGUCACUGUUGUAUAAACACUGAAAGCACUCAUGCUUAACUUGUUUUUGUUUUACAUAAAUUUUCAAAAUUUCCUUUUCAGCCUUCCCUGAAAAAUUUAUCCACAUGUUUAAAAACAAAAUACUUGUCAUUUUUCUCAAUUGGUAUGUAUUAUUUAGAGACUACAUGUAUCCUUCAUUUUUGUCAUACUAUAAUGAGUCAAUUUUAUUAAAAUAAGAGGUUACAAAUAUAUAAAUACAUGUAUAUAUUUAACAUUUAGUAAAUGUGAACCAUCACCUUUCAAAAACUGAUGUACUGAGCUAUGUGAUAUGUUGUCAAAUGGUUUUUGUGUUGUCUUUAAAAAUUGUUUCAGUGAUUCAACAGUCAACUGGUUACAAUAUAGAAUCAUAAAUUAUUCAUCCUGUUAAAUAUUAUCCAAUGAUGAUCAAAAUUACUUCUGAUUUCUAUACUCUCUGCAAUGAAAUGUCUGAAAAUAUACAGCAGGCAUUUGCAACAUGCAAGAAGAUAUUACCUUUAUUGAAUGCAUUUAAUGUGCUUAUAUACAUGUACAUGAGAUGCUACAAAAGUGUUUGUUUUUAGUAUUUGCAAUGCCUUAUCCGGUUUGUAUCUCCAAAACGGAGAUAGCUUUAUUGUGUUUUUUUUAUACAUAGCAAUAUAUAUUCAUGUUUAAAACAAAACAAGACGCCAAUAUUUUGAGUUUUUGAAACUAACAGUUAAAACUUUCAAAAAAAAAAUGUGUCCUGUGGAUAAGAAAUGUUAUGCAAUCAUUUUAAGAAAAUGAAACAUAAUUGCGAAAUAUAAGAAAUAGCUUAUUGUGAUCGGCUUCGGCCGAUCACUAUUGUGUCCAUAUGAGGCAUCCGGCAAAUGCUUUCUCGUGCGCACACAUUCUGCUUGCAUAAGUAGUUCUUAUAACACUUGAAGCUUUGGUUUAGUAUUUAUAUAACAUUUUACUCAGUUUUAUUUCCAUUCAUUUACCUUAAGAGAUGCAAACAUACAUUAAAUACAGUUCGACCUGUUAAUUCAAGAAUGUGAAGAGAACAUUUUGUCUCACGCGUAAGAAUUUCGAUCGAAAGAUUUAUUGAGUAAUGCAGUUGACCUCGAUGAACUGACCUCGAUCAUAAGAAGAUGCUCCAUGAACUGACCUCGAUCUAUUGAUGUUGCAUAAUAGUAGCUAGGAAGACGGCUUGAUUUAUUAACAAGGUUACGUUAUAAUGCGACCUCAAUAGCAAGUUAUGAUGGCAUUCAAUGUUUUUCAGUCGCAUUAAAUUAUUUUAAUACAACUCUUUCUUUGUAUACGAUUUAUUUUUGAUGAGCCCUACCUAGUAUUCUGAAGAAGGAGAAGAAGACACAUUAACAUUUAAUAAUUACGUUAAAAAUAUAAAGCAAGACAAGGAGUUUACGAACGGCUUUCCCCUUUAUUUCAAAAUUAAAUUUGUUGACGGUUUAUAAUGAUGAAAUUAUGGUAUACAGAUUCAAAAUAUUCUAUAUUUUGUAAAUAUACAGUACUUUUUAAAAUUAUUUUACAUUAAACUGAUCAUGUUGAUUGCUUCUAGCUAUCAAUAUAUAAUUAUUGCCGAUCAUUCCUUUAAAAGGAACACUUGUUAUACAUAUACAUUAUUAUAGUCUAUAUCAAAAUAUUAUAAUAUUU